UAAAUCAAGUUACCUAGCUUUCUGUCAGGCUAGUUCCUCCUUACACAGUGUGAACACAUUCCGGAACGUUAAGGAUCGUAAAUCAGAAUAGCUGGCACUCUGUUAAUUAAAAAAAAUUGGUCAGGCGAUUCUUCAAAAUGUGUUAUUUUGUGGCAAAUACAUGCAAUCAAAUUUGAUAAUCUUUUUCUCUUCAUACUAGACCAUGAAACAUGUGUGCUCCGAUUCGGUGGUGAACGUUUACAGCUAAUCUGGUUAACACCAGCUAUUACUAUCAUUCGAGAAUCGAGUGAGGGGAAUGGAGAAUGAUGAACUUCCGUCAGAGGAUUGGAUGGAUAGGUAUGGGACUGUACCUGUUAGCGAGCGUGGCCGCCUUCUACUACGUCUUCGAGAUCAACCAGACGUACAACCGGCUGACUCUGAAUUACGUGGAAGAGGCAGCCAAAGAACCACCAGCGCUUGCGGAUCCCGCAGCUCCAUCCUCAUCGUCUGUAUCUUGGCACCACAGUUUAAAGACGCGGCUUCUCACUUUCCCGUUCUGGUUGUGGAUGAUCAUUUUUCUCAUUCCGUACCUACAGGUCUUCCUUUUUCUGUAUUCCUGCACCCGCCCGGACCCCAGAACAGUAGGCUACUGCAUCCUGCCAAUUUUCCUGGCCAUGCUCUGUGACAGACAUCAGAGCUUUGCCAAGGCUUCCAAUCAGAUAAGCAGACUCCAACUGAUUGAUACCUAAAAAGCUGUUGAGAUUGGUGUAGCCAUGUCAGAUGCUUACAUCGCGGAUAUCAAAUUCAGAUCGUGGAGUGUCGCAUUGUUAAUGUUUUAGAAACAUGUCUUGAUUGAAUCUUUGCAGGAUAUUGCAGGCAUGGCAAAUAAGAUAGUUGCGUACCUUAAAUUGCAGCAAUACCUUAUUCCACCACCAGUCCAGCAGAGGUUAUGUUCCUAGCCUCAUGACAUACCCAAAGAACAUCUCCCGGGGAGUAGGCUAUUGCUAAACUUAGGAACAGGUUUGGGGUGAAUUUCCUGUUCAGUAGACGAACAUUCUGAAUAUAAAGGACCGUUUUGCCUGUUUAAUAAGACCUUUGUUUCCAAGAACUAAAUUGGCUGCCGACACGGUGGCUCUCCAGGACUGCAGUUUAAGAUUCCUUGUCAUUAGAUGAGAAACGUGAACCCAGAACUACAAAAGCACAUAAUACUGGGCUUGGGAACAACACUUUUGGAAUCUGGAAUUCAGAUUGUCCCACACCCCAGUCAUCUGUUGAUACCUUUACGGACAACCCAUGUGACCUUUUAUUGGUGAUAUUGAUGAGGAACGGGAUUAGACAGUGUGCUAUUCCACACCUUUCGGCAUUUAAUUGCUCCUACUGAGCCAGAGCUUUCAGAAAAAUGGCCCAAGAGCCAGUAUUGCCACCUAAAAUAAUUUUAAAAAGCCAUUCCAUCCAUGUUUGUCUCGGUUUUACUUUUCAUCAAGAUUCAGGUUCUACAGGUCUUUUUAAAGUGCAAAUGGCUUGUCAUAAAAGUUAACUCCAUAAGCCAACAUCUCUCAAAAUUUACCUCAUUUGUGGCGCAUUGUGACGAACAUGGCAGGAUUGUACGCAAAAGAUAGAUUUCUGUGAUAAUUGUCCAUGUAAGUCAUGUGGAAGGAAGGAGAAACAGCUAAUGCACAAACAGCCGGGACCAGAUUGAUAAUGCAGCAGCAUAUAAUUAAGGAGCUGGACUCAAGGUGAAAAUCCCCGACAGAGCAUAUCAAGGUACAGUAUAUGUCCACCUGUGUCAGUGGAUAUAUAAACAAGAUGUAUGCUAUUUAAGUUUUAAUGGAACUAAGUCUUUAAAUCUCUGAUCUAUGAAGGCUUUUAAGAGUUAAACAACUGGAAACCAUGUGACCAACUGCUUGGUGCAGUCAUGCGUUUCAAUGAUGGACAGUCUGGUCAGCAUUUUUGUUCUCCUUUAGUGGGUUUUUUGAAAUACAAAAAAUUUCUACUUUCAUGUUUCAUAAAAUUUUCUCUAAAUGAUUGUUUCUUGUUAUUAGAAAUGGCCACUCAUUUCUCUGUUGUCAUGCAUUGUUUUUUCUCAGUCCAAACUGUUCUUACAGUACUAGGCCAAUGUGCAGUCACUACAGUGUCAGACACCUGCAUGUUUUAUGUUGGAAACAUUAGCCAAUGUAUGAGUUUGAAUAAAUGCCAAAUAUAGAGUGCCAUGCUUUGUAAACCUAAGAGUUUUAACAC